CACAGCGCGAUACAGUAAACAAUUCUCUAUCUACCUAUCUAGGUGUCAUAGCUCUAUGUGAAAAAACCGCGAAGUUACGGCCGUCCCGCGAGCGGCUAAAUACACCAUUUUGCCACUUUUACCAGCAAAAAGGCAGUUUUUAAUUAGAAAAUUCACUAAAAGGCUGUUAAAGGCCAAUAACUGCUUCUUACUAUUUGACAUCGGGUAUUUAGUACAACUCUUAAAAACAGUUAUUGCAACUUCCACGACUAAAAGGUGGCUACUGUACUUUAACUGCUCCCUAGCGUAACAAAUAUUACGGCCAAAUGAUGAUUACUCCCAAACUAAAUAGCAGCUAAGCUAUAAAUACACAAUUAAAAAGCCGUUAAAGUCGCUUAGCCGCCUUGUCGUUAGUAUAGGCGUAAAAGGUAUACAUGCAAAUGCAUCGGUUUAAGGCCGUCACGGCUUUUUAAUUUGGCAAUGAUAGAACAAAAUAGUAGACAGUUCCAGAAAUAUAUCGCGGUAACUAGGUAUUCCAUAUCAAUAAGGCGGUUACUUGAUCCUCGCUCGAAGCAACGAAAUCAGUUGCGCGGGCGCUCCCGUCGAGUGAGGGUGUGGCACGUGAAGACCGGGCGCAGUUUCCCGCCAAUUCCAGUAUGCAGCCGCGCAAACUCACGAGGUAUGAACCGAAGACCUCUCGGUUGAAAACCAUUUUAGACAGAUGUAGAAAUCCAUCAAACCAAAACAGUGAAGACAUCCAUCAUUCGGUCGAUUGUCAUAACAUCCAGUUGCCUGAUCAUUAUGUGGAACCCACGUCAUCACACGAAAAACCUGUGGAAAAAGGAUUACCUAAACAUUGUGUCCAAGAGAUGGUAAAUGAAGUCAAUCGCAGGAAUUAUUCACUCACAUCUGAUAUAUUUAAUAAUUUUAACGAGUACGCUACCACACAAUCUAAAUCUUCUGUCUUUUUGUCGAAUGCCGUAGAUCUUCUCCAACAAGCGUUCCCAGCGACCAAUACUGAAAAACAACUUGAUUUAAGGUGUGAUGAAGAGCUAAGCAUAAGCAGCCGAAGUUCUUCAUCGUCACACAGAGAUGAUGAUUUUUCAUCCGAUGAUUCCGUGCGCGACAAAAAUUAUAUUCCAGAAACGAGUAGUAGUGAUGAUUCUGAAAAUGAAAUUGCGGCCCCAGUCUUGAAUAAACAUCCGAAUAAGCACUCCCAUAUGUCUAUGUUUAAUACAACCAAUAUUAUUAAGCGAAGAAAUACCAUUAACAUAGAAAUCAUACCCGAUACCCAAACUAAUAAAAUCGGUGAAAGAAUUCUAAAACGAAGGAAUACUACGGAGUUAAAUUAUAUACCCACAAUUAACAAUAGCGAAGAGAUUAGUAUUGAUUUAUCUGGAGAAAAUGGUCAAAGUUCACCUGCACCUAAGCGAAAAAAAUACGAUACAAGUCUAAGUGAAAGAAACGCCGACAAGAAAGAAGACAAGCGAUUGGAAUAUCUGGUUAAGCCAGGGUGCGAUUCAAAAUGUCAUAAAAAAUGCACUACCUUAUUGACAGAUGAAGAGAGAGAGGAUGUUAACGACAGUUACUGGAAUUUAACAUGGAAAGAAAGAAGAUUAUUCAUACAAAAUAAUGUGCCUGUAGUUGUACCUAAGAGGCAAAAGACUGGACCAAAUCUUCGAGCCCCAAGGAGAACGUUUUUCCUAAGAAAACAUGAUGAUACAAAAGUGGCAGUUUGUAAAAUAUUUUUUUUGACUACACUCGGAUUUAAUAAAACGAAUGACAAGGUUUUGUACAACUCUUUAGCUGAUGACGAUUUGACCGAUUCACGUGGAAAACAUACUAAGACAUUAGCUUACGAUAGAGAAAUACUUCGUCAACACGUUGAAUCGUUCCAUCCUUUAGAACCACAUUACCGAAGAGCGCAUGCUCCUAACCGUAGAUAUUUGCCGAGCGACGUAACUAUCACUUUUAUGCAUGACCACUUUUGCAAAAAAUAUCCUCAAGAUCCAGUUUCUUACGAAUUAUAUAGGCAGGUCGUUAAAGAAAUGAAUAUAUCUUUUACUAAUUUAGGAAAUGAAGAAUGUGAGGUUUGCGAAAGCUACCAAAUACACAAAAAAGAAAGUUCUCAUAAUAUCGAGGAAAAUAUUCUAGAUAACUGCGAGGACUGCACAUCAUUUGCGAUUCAUCAUGACAAAUAUGUUGCAGCUAGAAAAUUGUAUGAAGAACACAAGACUGAACAAGACCCGGAUAAUAUAUAUUUUAGUGCUGAUUUGCAAAAGGUUAUAAUGCUUCCAAGAUUGGACACAUUUAAGAAAAUAAUAUUCUGUUUACGUCUUGCUACAUAUAAUCAAACCUUUGCACCAUUGGGAAAAAUAACAUCUAGUAUUAAACCUUACGCUGUUCUUUGGCACGACGCUAUAGCUGGAAGAAAGCAAGAAGACAUAAUGAGUGCAUUUUUUUCAUUCUUUUUGCAAUAUCGUGACACCAAACAUGUAAAUAUAUGGCUUGAUAACUGCAGUGCACAGAACAAGAACUGGCUUUUAUAUUCCAUGCUAGUUCAUAUGGUUAAUAGCGAUUAUAUAGGCACGGAAUCCAUAACGUUGUACUACUUCGAACCUGGUCACACUUUCAUGAGCUGUGACCAGUUUCAUCAUCAAGUCGAAUUGUCCAUGAAACACAAAGGCAAAAUUUACGACUUUGCUGAUUUUACGGAAUCAGUGGGAUCAGCGAACAAGGGAAAAGUAACAGUGAAAUCCAUGGUAAUUGAAGAUUUUAUUAACGUGCCUAACUUUACUUCAGAGCGUAGAAUUCAAAAUUCGAAUCCACGUGUUUACCUUCGUGAUAUUACACAAGCAUGUUUUACUAGAGGGUGCUAUGAUUUAUCAUACAAAACUGAAUUCAAAAAUGAUUACCAGCAACUCCGCUUUCUAAAUGACAAAUACUUGAAGAAUCCAAGCGCUAUUACUUUUCCCAAACGAGUCGAUCCCAAAGGUACCGACGUUGGUAGAAAAAAGGAAAUUAUAAACAAAUGCUCACAAGUAAUACCUACACAUAAGUUGAAAUUUUGGCGCGAUUUGCCAGAAUCGCGGUAGUAUGUCGCUAUUAGUUUUAAUGAACAUAUUAUUUGAGUUAAGAACCUAAUUACUUUAAUUAUCGGGCAUGUAUUACGCCUGUAGUAUUCUCUACCUCACUAUUCUUAAAAAUCAUGUAAGACUGAUCACUGACUUAUAUGUUAUAUUUAAUUUUUAAGUAGAAAUAAAGUUGAUUGAUCUCCAUAAGUACAAAUACGAAUUUGUUAUCUACUUGUUUAAGUAAUUGUGAUCAUUGUCAUUAGUUGUGUAAGAUUUGUGACUGACUAUCUAUACCUUUUCGUUAAAAACGAUUAUGGAUAAUUCUGUAAGAUGAUUAAAACAUAUUUAGCUGUAUUAAAAAGUUAUAGUAGUUAUAGUACAAUUACAAACAAUAUGGGUAAGCCAUUUUACUAUUAAAAUAAUUGCUCGUACUGAAGACUGAGGGGUGUUUUUAAUUAGGAAUUACAUUAAACUGACGUAACUGUGAUUUUAAGCAUGUAAGAAGAUCGCAAAGCGAAUUAAAUUAAGAUGUGCUUACUCCUACGUUGUCCCACAGUAAUAUUAUGAUUAGCAGAGUUUAUUACUAACUUGAACUUCAAAUAAAUAUUAUUUUGAGAAUGAUUGAACGCUAAUUUCUUGGAUUACAUUUGAUUUUUAGUAUCUUAUGUCUUUUAUUUAUUUUCUUCCUGCUCUGAAUAAAGUAACUUCUUAAAUUUGUUUAUGGUAAUUUGAAAUGAUUGUAAACUAAAAAGCAGUUAUUACAUUUUGUUCUGAAGAUAGCUGCCUUUUUAUCUAGCUGAAUUCACAAAAUCUUUUAAACGAUACAAUUACAAAUGGUUUUGUUAAAUUAAAAGGCGUUUAAACAUUUUUAAUCACCUUUUAGUCUUUGAUGUAUUAGAUGAGUUGACUUAUUAUUCAUACCUAAAAGGCGGUUAGAUCUACUAGUCACCUUUUAGCUAUGUUCUACUUUUUAACUUCAUAUGACUUGUACAACGUAUUCAAUUUUAGAUAAAAUUACAAAGUUAAAAGACCGCUAAAUAUACUUUAGCUGCCUUAUAGUCGUUUAAUUAGCGUAAUUUUGUUAAACAGGUACAAACCAAGAACGGAAAUUUAAUGAUUUAGAGCACUUUUUAAGAAUUAUUACUAAAUUAAAUUGACUUAAAAAAUAGU